AUGAAUACUCAAAUCUUUACGAGCAAAUUAUUGCUCGUUUUCUUGGUAAUAUAUGGAGAGUUUCAAUUUUCAUAUAAUAACGUUAAUGCCUCGUAUUUGCAUAGAGGUCCAUUAGAAAAAAGAGGAACCCAGAUUUGUUCAAAUUCUGGUAAAACUUGUAGGGGUAGCACUCCAUGUUGUUCUAAGUUUGGAUGGUGUGGUGCUACUAGUGACUAUUGCGGAGUAGGAUGCAAUCCAGAUGCUACAUGUUUGACUAGCAUCACUGGAAACGUCGUUUACCCAGGAGAUGCUGCAUAUUCGCAAGACAAAACGGAGGAAAACAGCCCACCAGCUGCUUUUGUGUACGCAUCGAACGUUGCAGACGUACGAGUAGCAGUUAAAUGCGCGGCCGCUUCGAACAUGAAUGUUGCACCAAGAUCGGGAGGACACUCGUAUGAAGAUUAUUCACUUGGUGGAAAAGACGGAUCACUCGUAAUUGAUUUGACUAAUUUGAACCAAAUAGCAAUUAACACUACAGCAAAAACGGCAGUAAUUGGUGCCGGAAAUAGACUUGGUCCAAUGUACUAUAAGCUCAGUCAAGCCGGUUAUUUGAUUCCUGGUGGCUCGUGUCCAGGUGUUGGCAUUGGUGGAUUUACGUUAGGCGGUGGUUAUGGAUUAUACUCUCGUAAAUUCGGUCUAGCCGUGGAUAACGUUCUCUCAAUUGACAUCGUAGGAGCUAAUGGUAAUUUAAUUACCGCAUCUCCAAACCGAAAUUCUGAUUUGUUCUUUGCCUUACGUGGUGCUGGUGGCGGAAAUUAUGGAGUUGUGACAGCAUUUACAUUUAACAUUACACCUAUUCAAACGCAAGUCACUUCAUUCCAGUAUCUAUGGCCGACAAGUGCAGCACAAGCUUUAAUCCCAGCUGUUGAAAAAUACGCAACUAAUGGACCUGAUGAGGUGACAUUCAGUUUAGUAUGGAGUAAUAGUGGAUUAGAAAUUCAAGGUGUUUAUUUUGGUCUGCAAUCCGACCUCUCGAAUGCUUUAAGUAGCAUUCUAGCGGUACCCGGAUACAGCACAAUACGCGUAGUCCAACAGAGUUUCUACGAUUCGGUUGUGUUAUUUUCCGGUCAAUCAGAUUCAUACGUCCAGAAUCCAACUCUUCUUCCAUACAACUUCAAAGCAAAAUCCAUGUACGUCGGCUCAUCUGGUCUCUCCGCUGCUGGCAUUGAUGCAUUCAAUAACUAUCUGGCAUCACCUGCAUGUCGCACCUACGCGAAUUUAGACAUUUAUGGAGGAGCUAUCAACAGAGUUCCCUCAAAUGCAAUGGCAUUUGCUCAUCGUGAUUCAUUAUUUUUAAUUCAAUUAAUGACGAGUUGGACGGAUGCAAGUCAAGCAACAAACUGUAUUGAUAAUAUAAACUCUUUUGGCGCCAAUUUCCAAAGUCAAUACACUUCACCUUAUUGUUAUCAGAAUUAUAUUGAUCGUGAUUUGAGUAAUUGGCAGAACUCAUAUUACGGCGCUAAUUAUCAAACAUUAGUGAAAACCAAAGCAAAAUAUGAUCCCAACAAUUUGUUUGCAUUCCCUCAAAGUAUACCAACUUCUUAA